GUGUGUGUUUGGGUCCAGGCUGGAUGAGAGGGUUUAAUUAAGCAAUGCUGGUUCGAAAUAUUUGCAGUGGAGUGAGUCCCUUCCUUUUCCCUCACUCUUCUUGAUUCUUGAAUACCCCGGGCGAUUUCACCCGAUAUCCAUGCGGCGGCGAUGCCAGUUAUCUACAGCAGCCAACAAUGUCCCUUCUUCACUAUCCCUUCUACCGGGAACAGAAUUUCCAAUUUCGUCCACUCUCGUCCUCCAAUCUGCUACUUCCCUCAAAAACCCGCUUCUUCAAACCCCAAAACCCUAGUGUUUUGCAGCUUACCACCUUCAUUUAUCCGCUCCAACAAUUCCCCUUUCUUCCCCUUUGGCACACAUAGCCGGCGUUAUGCUUCCGUUCUAGCCGCUGCAAAAAAAUCUGGCCCCGAUUACUAUUCCGUUCUAGAUGUGGGCAAAAAUGCAACUUUGCGGGAGAUCAAGGCCUCGUACAGAAAACUUGCUCGGAAGUAUCAUCCUGAUAUGAACAAGGGUCAUGGAGCUGAAGAGAAGUUCAAAGAGAUAAGUUCUGCUUACGAGGUACUAUCAGAUGCGGAGAAAAGGUCUUUAUAUGAUCGCUUUGGUGAAGCUGGAUUAAGAGGAGAAUAUAAUGAUUCUAGUAAUGGUGUUCCAUGGGUAUGCUCGCAUCCACGUCAAUAAGCUCUGCCGGAUUUGCUCAUUUUCCUUUUUGUUUUUGGACGUAUAGAUUUUAUUUCCCCUUUAAAUGUUUUGUAGUCAUAUGGUUCUUUUUCAGUUUCUAUGUUGAUUAUUGAUGAAUGAUUUUUCAUGGUGGAAUAUGCAAACCAAAUAGGCAGAUCCAUUUGAAAUGUUCAACCCAUAUUUUGGUGACUCUAAUCCUUUUUUUGGAGUAAGUGGUAGUUCCAGUGGUUUCAAGUUUAAUUUUGGCAGCGAAGGACGUCAGGAUCUUGAUAUUAGAUGUGAAUUGCACCUGAGCUUUAAAGAGUCAAUAUUUGGAGGAGAGCGUGAUAUUGAAAUACCUUGUUUAGAGGAUUGUGAUGGUUGUGACGGGACUGGGGCGAAGUCCAACAAUUGUAUAAAAGUGUGCUCUCAUUGCGGAGGGAGAGGAGGAAUGGUGAAGACAGAGAAAACACCCUUUGGAAUUGCAUCCCAGGUGUCUUCUUGCCCAAAAUGUAGCGGUAAUGGAAAGGUAAUUACGGAUGCUUGUCGUCGAUGUAAUGGCCAUGGUCAAAUAAAAUCAAAGCGGAGCAUGAGAGUGGUCAUACCACCCGGAGUCAGUGAUGGUGUCUUUAUGCGACUCCGAGGAGAGGGUAGCAUAGACAAAACAAGGAGCAUUGCCGGCGACCUCUUUUUGGCCAUUCAUGUUGAGGAAGAGCAUGGUAUUUCGAGGGAUGGCCUGAACUUAUGCUCAAAAGUUGAAGUUGAUUACACAGAAGCCAUUCUGGGGACAGUCACCAAGGUCAAAACGGUGGAGGGCAUUAAAGAUUUGAAGAUUCCUCCUGGCUGUCAACCUGGAGAUACUUUGAAAAUAGAAAAUAUGGGAGUUCCAAACAUGAGUAAACCUCAUGAGCGAGGAGAUCAUCAUUUUUUUGUCAAUGUUAGAAUCCCUAAGAACAUCAGUAAUGAAGAACGAGAUCUUCUCAAGGCGCUAGCUUCAAUUAGGACGACAUCCAUGGAGCAUUCUGUGCCUUCAGAUGGUUAUCCACAGAGAAGUGCUUCAAAUCUCUGGAAGUCAGUCAAGAACAUCUUCAGGCAAAAGCAAUCUGGUGAGCGAUUUGCCUCAAUGAAUGCAGAGACACCUGCCUUGGCCCACUCUUCUAAUCUGCUCCCUGUAUCAGUUUCUGCCAUUUUAUUUAUUGCAUGUAUCAUGGCCUUGGUUAAGACUACCCAAUGUACAUUUCACAAGAAAAAAGCCACAGACAUGACACAAUCCUUCUUACAAGGAAAAUAUUAUCAAUGAAGGUGGUAUUUCUGUGACAACAUUAUUUUGACGCAAUGCAUGUUAUUUAUCUUAAAGCUCUAAAAGAGAUAAUUGUUAAUGCUGUGCAUCUCAGAGGGAAGAAUUUGAUUUGCUUUAUGCCAAAACAAAUGCUCCCAUUAUGGGCACUAUUAAUGUUGCUGCCAUCUUAUAUGUCAUGCUGCUCUCAUUACAAUAAGAAGAUAAAACCAAUUUAUUUGUAUUUACGAAGAGGAUUUGCGCAGGAAGAGGUUUAGGUAUUGGAUUAGACUAUCUUACUCCCCUAACCCUAUUAAAUUACUUUUCAGUAU